GACAACAAGCCCGGCCCGGCCCACGAAAGCCACCCAAAAACAUUUGAUGAACGAAAAAUUUCAGUCUACCCACUCAAGAACAAGGGCGCUAACUGCGGGAGAAGUAAGAAAAAUUAAACGAUUGAUGUUAAAUUCUUGAUGCUUGUUUGUUUAUGGUACGCCAAUUUUCUUAACCCUUGUUCAGUUCCGACAUUCGAAUUUGUAAUUUUUGUUUUCUUCAGAAAAUUCGAUUGCGUUAAAAUUGCUGACGAACCCAUUCAAUUACUCACAAUUGAAUAGUCAAGCCCCCAUUGAAUUGUCUGCUGGAAGCUUCAAGUUCAUGUAGUGCUGCUUUUAGGGUUGCAGUUGCAGAAUAAAUUGAGCAAACUGAUAUCUGCGUGCAGAAUUACGAAACUAUGCCAAAUGGGUACGAAAGAGAUUGAACCUUUGGUAUCAUUUCUGUGAAGAUUUACGUCUUUACAGAGAUCAUUGAUGAUUUAUGGAAAUAUUUUAUAUGCUAUUUUGAUGGAAUUAGAUUCUGUGUGAGUUUCGUCAAGUGGGCUUAAUCAGCUAUGGUGUCUGUACAGUCAAAGACUGUCUGGAUUAAAAGGCAGCAGUGCCCAUGUGGGGAUUGGAAAUGCUUUGUGACGUAUGAGGGAGACACGAACGAGACGAAUGUCGGAUCCCGAUUGAUCAAGAAUGAUUCAUUCCCAACAGAAACGAUGAUUUCCCCGUACGUGGGAAUGGUGUUUAAGAGCGACGAUGAAGCAUUUGACUACUACGGAAAUUUCGCUAGAAAAAAUGGGUUCUCGAUUAGGAAGGAGAGAUCGAGGCUGAGUCCGCAAUUGGGCGUUUACAAGAGGGAUUUUGUUUGCUAUAGAUCAGGGUUUGCGCCUGCAAGAAAGAAACAAAUAGGAGAGCAUCAACGGGAAAGGAAAUCCGUUAGAUGCGGGUGCGAUUCGAAAAUGUACUUGUCGAAGGAGAUUGUAGACGGUGUUUCGCAGUGGUACGUUGUGCAGUUCAGUAAUGUGCACAAUCACGAGCUUUUAGAGGACGACCAAGUUCGUUUGCUACCAGCUUAUCGUAAAAUUCACGAGGCGGAUCAAGAACGGAUUCUUCUGCUUUCGAAAGCUGGUUUUCCAAUUCACCGUAUAGUGAAGGUGCUCGAGCUGGAGAAGGGAAUUCAAGGUGGGCAUCUCUCGUUCUUGGAAAGAGAUGUCAGAAAUUUUAUCCAAACCCGCAAGAGAAUCGUUCAAGAGAGUGAUGCUUUAUUGGCAGAGAGAAGAGAAAUCGACACGGUCGAUCUUCUUGAGGCAUGCAGGACGAGUAAAGAAGCUGAUCCGUACUUUGUAUACGAUGUUGCUUUCGACGAAAACGAUAGAGUUGAGAAUGUAGCUUGGUCUUGUGGAGAUUCGGUUCAUGCCUAUGACAUGUUUGGCGAUGUCGUUUAUUUUGACUCGACUUAUCGUUCGAUGAAUUACGGUCUGAGUUUUGGUGCGUGGCUUGGAAUCAACAACCAUGGGAAAAUCCUCUUCUUCGGUUGUGCUUUAUUGCAGGAUGAAAACCCGCGAUCAUUUGCUUGGGCUUUACAGGCUUUUCUUCGGUUUAUGAAAGGAAGAUGCCCUCAAACAAUAAUCACCGAUAUCGAUCCUGGUCUAAGAGAAGCCAUAACAAGUGAACUGCCAAACACGAAGCAUUUUAUUUCCUUAUACAAUAUGAUGCCUAGAAUAUCGACCUGGUUUUCUCUUCCACUUGGCCCAAGAUUCCCCGAGUUCAAAUACGAGUUUGAAGAGUUAUGCCGUUUAAAAGGUACCGAUGAAUUUGAAUUUCGGUGGAAUAAUAUGGUUUCCCACUUUGGAAUUAAUUCAGAUAAGCACAUCGCUCUGCUCUUCUCACUUCGCAUGUGUUGGGCUUUACCUUACACGAGAGGUUGCUUUCUCGCACGAAUGGAUUCCACAUCGUAUUGGAAAUCCGUAGACGUAUUUUUGAAAGGAGUAAUCGAAACUCAGACAUGUUUGCGUGGCUUCCUCGAGCAGAUGGGAUUAGUAUCGCAUUGUAAAAUGCAGUCACACGAAGAGGCACAGUUUAUGCAUCUCAAGACGUGCUUACCUAUCGAAGAGCACGCUCGUAGUAUUCUUACACCGUUCGCAUUCAAUGCAGUACAGCAAGAAAUGGUCUUAGCCAUGGAAUAUGCUGCAUCGGAAAUGUCCGACGGGUCCCACAUCGUUCGUCAUUUCAAGAAAGUCGACGGAGAGCAUCUUGUAAUAUGGGUACCAGAAGAUGAGCAAAUUCACUGCUCGUGUAAGGCAUUCGAGUCGACUGGAAUUUUAUGCAGGCAUGCCCUUCGAGUACUUUUACUCAAGAACUAUUUUCAAAUCCCGAGCAAAUAUCUUUUGAACCGGUGGCGUCAAGAAGAGAGCUCGUCGGUUUUACGUUACGGUGAACAGAGUAACCUAAAAAAUAGCGACGAAUGGUAUCGGGAAUUUAAUUUGCUCACGGGUACUCUGUUUUCUGAAGCAGCGCUGACUAAAGAGAGAUCUGAUUUUGUUCGUAGAGAACUUACGGAAGAGCUUACGAGACUUGUUGGUCAAGUGAGAGAGAUGCCAGCUGUCGACGAAGUAGGUAUGGAUAUUAUUACUCUUUCGCCCACAAACGUAUUGUGAGAAAUCUUCGUUUAUUACAUAUAAAACUGUAGCUGUUAUCAGAGAAGAUAACGAGAUCGUACAAUGAAGUUCCAAUCUUGUAAAUAGUGACAAGAUCUUUCAUUACACGUUUUUCUUCAAACCUUAAAUUAUUGGAAAGAAAAAAA